AUGGAAGAUUUAAAAGAUUUAAGCACUGGAAUAUCUAUCAUUUGGAAAAUACCUACGGAAGGAUGCACAAUUCAAAAAGAGGCCAUCCUGAACAAAGAGAUAUUUUUUCACAUCAACCAAAGCCUUUCAUGGAAACCAUCCGCGAAGCGAUUCAAGCAAUCGUUCUGUUUGGGGGAUGACACAGAACAAGAUGCAAUUGAAACUGAGGAUCUUUCGGCGAAAUUAAGUGAACUGUCUCUGGCCGAUAUCUUGGUCCAUCAAAAAGAGAAACUUUCUGUACGUGGUCCUUCUAUGCCAACUUCUCUGAAACCGCAGACUUUUGGGCUCAUGAAUCUUGGCAACACAUGCUAUAUGAGUUCCAUAUUGCAAUGCUUAUUUGCUAAUUGGAUUUUUGUACAGGAUCUUUACAAAUUUUGCAUGAAAAUCGAAGAGAGUGGCUCGAAUUUGGACGAAGAUAUGCCUUUGAGUUUAGCAAUUGCUAAUCUUGCAAGCCGACGAGGUACUGCUGUAGAUCAGUUGCAGAUAAAACUGCUGGAAGCAAUUAAAGAUACGGCAGAUUUCACAAAUAAUGCACAGCAGGAUGCUCAAGAAUUCUUAGGUAAUAUUCUGAACAAAAUGCAAGAGGAGUGCGAUAAGAUGUUGCGCAAGCAAUAUAACAUUGUGAAUAAACAAGAACGAGACAGAAUAAAUCCGGUCACAUCGAAUUUUACCUUCGUCAUGGAAUCCAUCAUAAGAUGUAGAAGUUGUAAUGCUAUUACAAAGAUCAAGGAAGAAAGUGCUACUUUGCCAGUCUCGAUCCAAGUGAUGGACCAAGGAGGCUUUGGAUGUCUCAUCGUGUUUAUCAAGCGAUAUUCCUUCAAUGCAUUCACUGCUGUAAAACGUGGUGAUGAAGUGGGAAUUCCACUGUAUUUGACGUUGAAUAAAGGUUUUGUAGCGGAAGAAGCUAAAUAUCCAGCUUUAUUGCCAACUAUCAAGAAAAUUAACCAUAACACCGUCAGACCGCUCGGACGAAAAUUUUUGAAAGUCAAGCGGCGUUUGAAGCCCGAAAACGUGGCGAACAAACUCAACUUGUCAGCAGCAAGUGCACGGUCCACGUGGGCAGGUAAUGCAAACACCGAUGCAUUAUCAGUUGUUUUGGGCAAUCUUACUAUAGAUCCCUGCAAGCCAGAUGGAAUGCGCAUUAAAACUGCAAUGUUAAGUAAACAUUCUGAGGCCAGUCGCGGAGAACUGGGACAACAUGUCAGUGCAGAUAAUCUCAAUACCAGUGCAGAGUUUAAGUUUGGUCAGAGUCGUGUUAAUUCUAGUUCGAGUGACAGAGUUGAUACUUUUUUGAUGAAUGAGAAACAAGGUGUUUGGCGUAAACCUCUUCCUCCCAGAGAAGUACUGGACUCAAUGUUGUCACAAGAGCUGAAAGAGUUACGUUUGGUACAUACUGCAAAUCUGCAAAAGAGAUCACGACAGCGAGGACAGCGAUUAUCAUUUGGUUAUCAUAGCGAUGAAGAUGUGAAUUCCAUCGCUAAACAAAAACAAAGCGCGACUCGUAAGCGGAGAAUAUCAGAUAACGCAGGAUGCGAUCAAAGUGGAACAAUUCCUAAAGUAUUACUACUUAAAUUCAAAGAAGAGUUGGAUGCACAGAUGAUCAGAGAUUUGGUAUGCCAGCAAAAUAUAAUGAACGACAAUAAGGAAAAUAUCCCUCCGGGAAAUCCAGAUGAUAUCAAGGCGAAAAUGUAUUUGAAAAAAAGCAAAUCAUUCUCACCAUCAGACGAAAUGAAAAAAAUGAUGACAUACAAGAAAAUGUCACAUCAUGAGAUGACAAUCAUACCUAUCAGAUAUUUACAAAUUAACGGUGAUAAAGCCUUCUGUACUGGUAAAUUCAGCCACUCCAGAAACAUAUCAACGACAAAUUAUACCAAUCAGGAUGUUGGGAAUCUGGACGAUGAGGAAGUCGUUAGUACCUUUGGCCUUCAACCAAUUCCUUACAAGCCAUUAAGCGAAAUGAAACGAAAUGAGAUUUGCGCACUGAUUGGUUUACUUCCGCGUGAUAAUUGGAUGAUGGAGUCGUCGAUACACUGGAUGAGCAUGUAUGACCAACCCGAUUUUCUAGUUGUUGUUCCAGGGAACGACAACCGCCUGUUUCAAGCGUUGGCUCAUUAUAUUACCGGCGAUGACAAUGAUUUCCAUCAAAUCCGACAAGCUAUAAUUCAAUUUGAAUUGGAACAUGCGGCUGAAUUUAUGAAUCUGAAACAAUGGGAUAGAACUACAUGGGAUUAUCACCUUAACAAUCUAUUGUCAAAUGUCGAAAAUGGCUCUGACGUGGAACUUCUCGCAUUUUCAUCAAUGUUCAAAGUUGAUGUUUGGAUUUUUCGUCGAGGACGAUGGUUUUGCUACAGACCCAAGUUUCCGGUGCUAAAGGAACGAUGCAGAAACUUGAGCAUUCAGCAAUAUCAUAUUGGUGCAAAUGAAGGUGUCUAUCUGAAUUAUGAGAAUGGCCUCUUUCUUCCGGUGUUUAAACCUUCGGUAUACUUUGUUAUUGGGUUUCAAGAACUACUGGUAUACUGA